AUGAGACGUGUUGUUAUUCAAUGUCAACACGAUGACGAUAUUCCAAUAAUAAUGGAAAUAAUCAAUUCGUAUGGAGGAAGUUUAAUUCGACCACAGUCACCUCAAAGAUUCGAUAUGAUUCAUGUGGAUUUAUCAGAAGAAAAUGAAACAACAUUAAGUGAUUUUGUCAAGGAAUUACAAAAUGAACUGAUUUCUAUCAAAUGUAAAAAAAAACAUGUUCAAAUUGCCUGCGAUGAAUUUAACCGUUUUCCAACAUUUAAUCAAAUUGAACAUUUACUUAAGGCUUGCAAAACAAAAAUGUUCCGCCUUUGUUCUUACAGAAUUAAUUAA